AUGGAUCCAGUGGAGCAGGACCACAGAGGCACAGUGGAAGCGCAGAGCCGGCGUUGCUUUGACACAAGCACGCAGCGCACCGCUCACAACCGCUACAGCUUCUGGUGCAGCAGUGCAGCUACCUCUCUGCCCCAGCAGUACAGCUACCCCUCUGUGUUCAUCUAUGGACAUGCAGCCACCGGGAAGACCUUCGUCACGCAGACGCUGCUUCGCGAGCUCCAGCUCCCUCACGCGCUGCUGAACUGUGUGGAGUGUUUCACGUCUCGCCUGCUCUUUGAACACAUCCUGAACCAGCUGUGCGCUCACAGCCCCUCCCCAGACAACGAGUUCUCCUCUCACACUCGCUGCGAUUCCUUCAAUGACUUCAUCCGGCUCUACAGACAGCUGGCUGACCUGCAGCAGCAGAAGAGCACCACCUACAUUGUGUUGGACCGAGCCGAGGCAUUGAGAGACAUGGAUGCCAAUCUGCUAUCUGGAUUUCUUCGACUGCAGGAGCUGGUGGGAGGGAACGUGACGGUCAUCUUCCUCAGCGAAAUCGUCUGGGAGAAGUUCCGUCCGAACACCGGCUGCUUUGAGCCCCUGAUCAUCUGCUUCCCGGACUACAGCAAAGCUGAGCUGCAGCAGAUCCUGUCUCUCGAUCACCACCCAGAGUACUCUGCAGACCUGUACGCCUCCUACAUCAACAUCCUGCUGGGCGUCUUCUACUCCGUCUGCCGAGACCUGAAGGAGCUCAGACAUCUGGCUGCGCUCAAUUUUACCAAAUUCUGUGAGCCGCUGGUAAAAGGAGAAGCGAAGGAGAGCGACACGCACAGGCUGUGGAGGAACAUUGAGCCUCACCUGAAGAAGGCCAUGCAGACAGUCUACCUGCGGGAGAUCUCCAGUUCACAGUGGGAGGAGAUGCAGCAGAAGGAGGGAGAGCUGCACCUGAAAGGUCUCUCUGCUCAUGCUCACGUGGAGCUGCCCUAUUACUCCAAGUUCCUGCUGAUAGCAGCCUACCUGGCUUCCUUCAACCCUGCCCGUGCAGACAAACGCUUCUUCCUCAAGCACCAUGGGAAGAUAAAGAAGACAAACUUCCUGAAAAAGCACGAGAAGACCAGUAACCACCUGCUGGGACCGAAGCCCUUCCCCCUGGACCGCCUGCUGGCCAUCUUCUACAGCAUCGUGGACAGCCGAGUGGCUCCGACUGCCAACAUCUUCUCACAGACCGUGCUGCUGGGGGGGGCUAAUGCAGUACACCCCCCACUCUGAGGUCAUAUGAACUGCCACCUCGCUCCUGUCCUGGAAGCUGAGGGCUGCAGAGAGGAAGGCUGGUGUGCAACACAAGUGUUUCAUAAGAACAGAAGACAUCCCAG